AUGACAAGACACAUUCACUUCAACCAGCUUGAGAAGGCUUCAGCCCAUGGUUCUCUGAACGAGGUGGAGCAAUAUGCAUCAGUUGCUUGCAAGGUCAUUGACAAGCUGAACACUAUAUUUGGGGCCUCACAGGAAGAUGCUGAUGCGUCUAGAUGGAUCAAGUUUCUGUCGGAACUGAAGGCCAGAAACAAACCUGCCCAAGUCAUCAUUGGAGUUGUUGGAAAUACGGGAGCCGGAAAGAGUAGCGUCAUCAAUGCUAUUCUUGAUGAGGAACGCUUGGUUCCCACCAGCUGCUUUCGUGCCUGCACUGCUGUCAUCACAGAAUUGUCUUACAACAACUCUAUGAGGCCCGAGGAACGCUACAGAGGUGAGAUUGAGUUCAUCACGGAGGAAGACUGGGACAAGGAGUUGGAGCAGCUCAAGGAUGACUUGAUGGAUUCCAAAGGCAAUGUAUCCCACGAGAGCUCAAACGGAGACACUGAGGCUGGUGUAGCAUGGGCAAAGAUCAAAGCAGUUUACCCUCACCUUACGAAGAAAGACCUGUCACGGACCGACCUAAAUGAGCUUUCAGAAAAUUACAAGGUUCGCCAAAUACUAGGGACCACCAAGAUAGUCUCAGAAGAGUCGGUCGAGACAUUCUCUUCUUGUCUGCAGCAGUACAUUGAUAGUACAGAAGGGAAGCCAACAAGACGUGGCCGGCCAGAAAAAGACAAAACAACCGGUGAGCAUAAGCUUGAAUACUGGCCUCUCAUCAAAGUCGUAAGAAUUUACACAAAAGCUCAUGCUUUGUCAACUGGUGCAAAGAUUGUUGAUCUGCCUGGCGUCCAUGAUUCCAACGCUGCUAGAGCAGCUGUAGCCGAUAAGUAUAUCGAGCAGUGCAGUGGCCUCUGGGUCGUGGCUCCAAUCUCCCGAGCAGUGUCGGACAAGACCGCUCAGAAGUUGCUGGGCGAGACUUUCAAACUUCAAAUGAAAUACGACGGCUCGUUUUCGACCAUGGCCUUCAUUGCAUCAAAGACGGAUGAUAUUAGCAUCUCUGAGGCCAUGAGAGAUCUCGAUUUCUCAGAUGAAAUUGAGGAAAACUGCAAGGUACUCGAUCAUUUCGAAGAAACCAAAGAGCAGGAGAGAAACAUGAAGCGAGAGCUAGACAAGCGCGAGCGCAUUCUCAGAGAAGAAAUGGUCUCUCUUGCCGAUGCGGAACUCAAAAUCGACAUUUGGCAGAAGCUAGCAGCAAAACAAGAACAUGGAGAAGUCGUAUACUUGCCAUGUGAGGUUCCCCAGAAACGCUCGGGGUUGCGACAAAGUGGGCCGCCUCAAUCAACAACGAAAAAGGUCUGCAAUGAUACGUUCCGUCCCUUGCCGACUUCUUCGUAUGGUGAUAGAAACGACGAUGAUUGCAAAGAUGACGAUGAAAGUGAGUCACCAUUCGACCCGGACAAACAGCCCAUGUCCCGCCAGAAAGUUCAGUCGACGUUGAAGGGGUGUCAAACAAAGAAAACCGCAAAUCUAGAUUCUGUGAAAAACUGCGAGGAAGAUAUCUUGUGCUUUCGCAAGGAGCACAAAUUCUGGAGUGACAAGCUUCUGGAGUUGCAGCCUAUCGCAAAAGCGAUAUGCAUACGGGCUCGAAACAACCAGUCUCGUGGGGCUAUACGGGAGGACUUUGCCCGUGGUGUCAAGGAGGCAGACCAGGAUAAUAUCGACGAAGACAAACUUGACCCCGAGGACGAUAUGAGAGAUCAUGCAGAGGUUGCCGCUUCGCUGCCUGUCUUCUGUGUCAGUUCUACUGCAUACCAAACCCUCAGCGGCCGUUUUCGUGGCGACGGCGACGUUCCAGGCUUUGAUAAUAAAGACAUUACGGAAAUCCCCAAGUUACAACAGCAUGCUAUUUUGAUGACGGAAAAAGCCCGUGCGAAUGCAGCGAAGAAAUUUUUAAAUGCUUUCGUCGAACGACUCAACUCGCUGUCUAUUUGGGCUCGAGAUAUGAAUACACAAGUUCUACUAUCUGACGGUGAAAAGAAAGUGGAAAUGGCUUAUCUACAAGGUGUUACAGACCAACUGCUCAAGAGUUUGGUCGGUUUUGCGGACAAGGCAAUCAAGGACUGCGAACGAAGUCUCGCGAAGCAUCUCUUUAGUUUAUUCGAAUCUGCCUCUGAGAAGGCGAGAGUCGAAGCGCCUGAGAUUGCUGCCAACUGGGGCAAAAAGGCAGGAGAAGGUGGGAUGUACUGGUCAACAUACAAGGCCACCUGUCGCCGCGACGGUUCAUUUUCUGGCAGCUUAGGCUAUCGAAAUUUCAACGAAGAGUUGAUACAGCCUCUGAAGUUCGCGCUCGCUAAUGCGUGGGAAAGAGUAUUUGCUAAGGUCGUGCCUCAAAUAUUAGAGAAGUUCUCUGGCGAAAUACAACACACGACCGAACAGUUCCAUUCUGAUCACAAAGGUCGUCUACGUUACAAGAUCAAUGCAAAUGACAUCGCGAUGCUCGAUACGCAGAACCAAGUACGUUGCCGAGUAUUCAAGGACAUGGUUACUGAGUUCCGCAACAAGAUCAAUGCUCUCCAGAGAGGUGCAAACAGAGAAUUCACUCCAGCCAUUGUAGAAGCCCUUGAUGGCGCUUAUGUCGCAUGCGUGGCAGAAUAUGGUAUUGGUAGUUUUAUGCGCAUGAAAGAAGUAAUGCAAGAUCAGAUCCAACAACAGAGCGACUUAAUGUUUGAAGAAUCCUGCGACACUGUGGAGGAGCGCCUCCUUGCGCUCUGCAGCGAGAUCAAGCAGGAUAUGUAUCUCAAGAUACACGAAAUUGUCGACACAUUGUCCAUGGACUACGAACUUAUCAUUCUUGGACAAGAGAUAUCCAGCUCUUCCAAGGUUUUACGAUCAGAAGUACAAAUGCUUCUGUCCGAGGUCGACGACUUUUUCAAGUUUAGAUCUGCAUAUGACACCACCGACGACACCAUCGAUGUAAAGCAGGAGGACGAUGACUUCUGGUAA